AUGCUGGCAUUCAUUUAUGAUGACCAAAUUAGAAGUGUCGAUGAUAUUGCUCCAAAUGAUCGACAAUGGUCCAGUCUUAUCCCUUAUAUCGGAGUUCUAAUUUCUAAGCUUGAGAGUAGUCUUACUUCUAGCUCAUCAUCAUCAUCUAAUUUGAACCCAUUGCUAGGCCUUGCUUACCAGCUUAAAUCGUCGAUAAAUCAUCACAUAAAAGCCACGCAACUUCGCCGUACAGCGCAACAUACGCGUCGAAAGGAAGAAAUCGAAGCUUUGAAGAAACGCAGAGAAGCAACAACAGAGGAUGAAGUGGAAUUGGGUGAAAUUAACUCAAAAUUUAUCGAAAUGUACUAUCCCAAAGCUAUUCGUGCGUACGAAGAUUUGGAAUCAGCAUUCCUCAAAGGCGAAAAUUACUUGAGUUAUAGCAAGCUUGAUGCCAGCUUACCAAGGACAUACGCCUUGAGUAACAAAUUUCAGACCGGUUAUUUCAGUUCUUCAACUACUAAUACCUCGAUAAUGGAAUAUUUUGAUAGCCAAAAUAAUGCGGUUCUCCAAGAUAUCAAAGAUGCUGCUAGCAGUAACAACACUAAAGUUUCAAGUAAGAUAGACAGCUUAUUUAUGAAGCUAGAGCGAGAUAAGAUCUCUACUAAGUCAUUUUAUUUGCCGUUCAAUCCGUAUCUUGAUUCGCAGCAGGUGGUGGCCUACGGCUACUCGGUAGCGAAAGAAUGGUGCGAAAAGUAUGAUGUCAGCUAUAAUUGGAAAUUGUGA